AUGGUUUUUGCACAAACCUCUUCUUCAAAUGACGAGGAGAACGGGUCAAGCGCCACAUUGGAAACCUUCAGCAAGCUCCACUAUCCCCUUGAACUGAGCGAAGAGGAUGUGCUCGGCAGGACGUUAACCGCACCGGUUCGUUAUAUCCGACACGAAAUAUUUACACCUAUCUUAUCCCACAAAUGCAUGCAUUCGCACCAAUGAAGAUAUAUUUCUCAUUUUCGGAUGACUAAGGAAUUUGCGCGCUCGCAUUUCAGGGCUAGUCUUGGACUCUGUCUGCAGCUGGCAGUUCCACAACUCAAUGUAAUUUCUUCAUGAUGGAUGCAUUUGUGGUCGGAUCUUAUUUCUUAGCCGCAACUACAGUAUACAAGCCUCAGCUGUCUGUCAUAGGGGCCGGUGGUAAUAGGGGGUUCAACAUUGGCCCCUAACCCCUAACCCUAACACUUACCUGUAACCCUAACCUAUGACCCCAAGCCCCUUACCCCUAACCCCUAACCCUAGCCCCUAACACUAGCCCCCAACCCUAACCCCUAACACUAACCCCUAUCCCUGACCAAUGACCCCUAACCCAUAACCCCUAACUCCUAACCCCAACCCCUUAUCCAUAACCCUAACCCCUAACAGGCGCGGUCAGAAAGUAAAAUCUUUCCGUAUAUAUAAAUGGAGGAGGAAACAUAGAACGCUUCUGAAUACAAAUUAUAGAAAUGACGAAUUUCUAGGUAUAUGAUCUACAACCGCCUAAAGCAUAGAAGAAUGAAUGCAUCGUUAAAUGAAUCAUUUUGGAAAGUUGGAGUGCACAGUUUAAUUGUGAAUUUAAUAGAUAAAUAGGCAGACCAACUUAAAGUUCGCAACUGGGGUUAUUUUCAGACGUCUAAUCGAUAUUAACAUUAGUCUUUUCACAGUACUUGUUAGCUCUUACAAUCCCAGCUGGUAAACUGCAUAAACUGCAAUGGUUUCGUUUUGUGAAUCGGGGAGAAGAUAGUAUCCAGUUUUUCGUGCGGCAAUUAGGCACCACUCGAAAGAGUCAGAGAACUCUAAACGAUUUCUGAAGUCAGCGGUUUAAGCCGCCUCCGCAACAAAAGCAUUUCCGGUUUUAUUUGUUCGCAUUAACUGGUGGUCUAUUUCAGCAUAAUUUGUAGCCAUUCAAAGAGUUUUUUGUCAUAUAAAUUGCUGCUUUAAUGCACUGAAAAUUUCAAACAUUGUUACAGUAGCUGCUGGAAUAAAUUAAGCAAAAAUGUUACUUGAUUUGCUGAAAACUAAUCACCGAUUGGUAGACAGCUAAAGGUGGUCCAUUUUUCAUAGGUACUGCAUUACAUAAAUUUGGUAGACUUCAAAACAUUCUGCCGACUAAAUAGGAACGAACGUAACGCGAUAUAAUAUAACCAACUCUGCGGCCCCAAAAUUAAUGUAGGGUAGUCGGAAUGGCUCAAAUCCUUGCUCCUGAAUUUGCUGUUGUAAUGUCAAACUGAAAAAGGCUCAAUACUUAUUGUUUCUACCAUUUUUAAUUUUUCUGAUUUUCCGAGUCUUUUCAGGAAAAAAACGUGCACUAAGAUUUAUUAUACUCGGUUAAGUUCCCUUUUGUGCAUUUUAGUAAGCUAUAAACAAUUCCGAGAUAAUAGGUUAAAAAUAAAAGUUUUUCUUCACAUUUGCGUUAAGUUAAGAAAGGUCAAUUAUUCCAAAAAUUUCUGAGUUGGAUCUGAAUUGGUUUGUUUUCACAUAUAGUCUGGUGAAUUAUACACGAAGUUUUAAAAGUUUGUUAGAAAAACGGAAGUUCUUGUGUUUUGCCUCAUUACUGGUCAACACGCAGUUCGCAUGGUCUGAAGAAUGCAGAUGCCCUCAAAAGAAUCAAAGUUUAUCAUUUCCGGCACAUAGACCGACAUCCUAGGCUUACAGUUUUGUGGCGCGUAAGAAAACACUUUUCCGCUGCCGCAAAAUUUUGUGCUAUCCAGUUUCCCAACGAAACGCCUCUCAAAUGAACAGACUGCAAUUAUACUAAGCCAUUAUGAUGUCCUCCGCAAGUUGGUCCUUUUCUGGUGGCAUUACAUUUGGUAGAUUUUCCGAAUUUUGCUAGUUUUAAAACGUACGACGCCUUUAGCAGAUCUCAACUCAAAGCCGAUUCCGUCGCAUUAUUUAAGCCGGUGCUGAGGUCAGGCUAUCUAUGCCCACAAAGGUGUACCUGAACAAGCCGGAAAGGCACAGUUCAGUCGAAUGUGGGUGCCGGCAUUUAUGAAAACUGACAGGUAGCAUCUCUGACGGAAGCUCGUUUUUGUCGCAGAUUAAACCCAUUGUUGCUCUGGAGGCAUUCAUAAAGAAACGCAUUAAACCGCACAAAGGGACAACAGGGGUUUCAGAGAGCCCGUGUUGUAAUACAUGAAAUUACUUGUAGGUUAGGCUUCGGUACAUCGGAAGGCGGCCGCCAGUUCGUAUUUCUUCACUAGCAAUACAAGUAGCUAGUCUGAGUGGCUAUUCUGAAUCGUGUGAGCGAGGCGCCUGCCAUUCGGCACAGGCGGUAUGCUUAACUGUCAGAACUGCAGUAAGACCACCUCUGAUAAAAAAAAAUACGCAUCAUGAACGGCUAUGAAAGGACUUACAGUAGGUGGGCUAACUCAUGAAAUGUCAAUCGAAGUUCCAAAAUGCGUUUUCGUUAAGAAAAGAUUAACGAGUUGGGUUGUAAGGCAGCAUAAUGCUGUAAUAAUUCUGUUACCUCAGGAUGCCGGCUCUCGAGCAAACUUCUUUCCAGCUGCAUGAAGAAACUAUACUCUGUAAAAAAUGGUUACUUCGCAUGUAUUUUUCUCAUUGAUUUUCGUUGCUCUCAAAAAUUGAAUUAUAUUUCAUUGAAAACAUGCGCAAAAAUAUUUUGCUUUUGCCCGUUUGGUGGAAAAUGACGUUUUUAUCUAAUUUUAUGCUCGAAGGAAGGAGAUAAUUCGGUUUUUAAAAAGUUUCUAAUUGUGCGAUUUUUUAAUACCUUGAAAUGCCCAUUCAUAAAACGUCACGUCUCUGCAUUUACCAAUGUGGCUUUUGAAGUGAACAAUAUGGAUCAAAUUCACUGCCGAAUUUUAUGAACCCUAUAUGGUCGCGUUUUAUUACCGAGGAGAAAUGCAUGGUUUUCCGUACGCGGAAAUUAUACGGCUUGUAAUAUGGGAACCCUGAAUGCACGUGUAACGUCAGGUUAGGUUCAACAGUAUUCGGGAACUGGAAAGGUUUUAUAAAACCAAAUUAUAUCCUUUCUUCGGGUUUAAAAUAUAAAAGACGCAAGUUUCUACCGAAUAAGCAAAAGAAAGUAAAUUUUUCUCGCAUUUUUUCCAUGAAAUAUCAUUGAAUUUUUAAGGGUAUCGAAAAACAAUGAGAAAAUUGCAUGCUAUUUAAGUAGUCACUUUCUGCAGAGUAUAGUUCACGCAUGCAGUUGGAAAUAGGUUCAUUCGACAGCUGGCACUCCGAGGUAACUGGAUCAUUAUAGAAUUAUGCUGCAUGAUAAUUAGUCUUACAACUCUACUUUCGCCUUGCGAAAAAGAAGGCAGUAAAUGCCGAAUGUUUCUCUGGCUGUAAUGUAGUGUAUUCCGGCCCACCUCGCAGAAGGUCGUUGGUUGUGUUGCCCGCUACUAAAAAUACUUCUCCAAAUAUUCCUUUUGGAGUCUCACUUUCCGGACAUGACUUUAUAUGAAUCGCGCCGAAUUUUCUUUAUGUAAGGAUUACCUUUAAGACGGAGGAUGUCUCUCAACAGUGCCUCAUUCCUGGUAACAGUAUAAUCGUAACAUUCGGACUGUGUAAAUUAACAAUAAAUAAUAAGUCUUAAAGUACUAUACUGCAAUGAUUGACGGUAUAUUUAACGUAGAGGAGGAUAAAACAUAAGUUUCCAUUAGUAUAUCACAUUUAACAAAACAUUCAAAACAAAAUGAGGCCGGAUCGCAGUUGGUAGCCAGGUCACGUAUUACAGGUGGCUGGGGGGUUUGUUUACUGGGGCUAUUUAGUGGGGCUACAUAACGACAUCUGACCCAUUUGGCUUCCGCUUUACGGUUGAGGUUAGGAUUAGGGUGCCGGUUAAUGGUUUCCGAUUUUCGGGUUGGGGUUAUGCCUUUAGGCUCGGGUUUUCGGGUUACGGAUAGGGUUUGGGCGUAUGAAUAGGUUUCAGUAUAACGGUUAGGUUUUCCAGUUACGGCUAUGUCUAAGGACUACAAUUACGUUUACGAUUUCGGUUAGUGUUAAGUUUAGGGUUGCCGUUAGGGUUAACGGUUAACGUUUAAGGUUGAGGUUAAGGUUAAAGUUAGGAUUAGAGUUAAGGUCGCCGUCUGCUUCCCCAUUCGUGUCUACCAACUGCGAUCUAUCCCAAAAUGGAAAGUAACCUUGGUGCUUGCCUUAAGAGAACGAUUUUUCAGCAGUUUCACCAGAUUAGACAGAAAUUGUCUUUACACCAGCUGACUGACUUUGAAUUUUCUCGCCAACACCGUUCGUAACCUUUGCCUCGAGGUUAAGCAAAACGCACAGACUAAGGAGGUCAUCAUAUUUCGGGACAAUGAGGAUUUCACUUCCACAACAUUUCCGCUUGCAACUGACAAACAAUCAGCCAAUGUCUGCACAUAUUAACCACAAUUAUUGAUUUCGUCCUAAGUGAUUUAACGAGCUUGCUGGUGAAAUAAACUCUCACAAAGUUAAUUUCCAGACGUAUUGCAGAUAACAUUGGGCCGUAGAACUUCUCUUUCGCGUCAGUAGUAUAUAAGUUGAAUUUCAGAAAUUGACAGGAGCCUGCUCAACCAAUGCGCACGACCCAUGCGCCCUUUGUGAACAGACGGAGGAGCAGGAGAAUGCCGAAAGGCCAGGUGAUUUGAAACAAGUCUUUCUCUGUUUUUUUCAUCUAAUUCAUUCUAUUUUAUCUAUUUUAAGACGUGUCAGCUUGUUUAUAGUGUGGAAAUACGUGGAGUGCAGUGGGGACGGCGUCCCCAGAGUCGGCAUUAUCCUCUUUUCCCUCCACCAGGCGCAAGUGCACUGUCCGUUGGGAGUGAGCGCGGUGGCUGGCGCUAGUCAAAACGACCCGUCUACGCGUGCCACACACACGAUAUGGUCCACCACAUGACGCGCCGGGUUUUCCCACAGUGAGGGUCGGGUGCAUUAAGUACCAAGCAGAAUAUCGAUUGGAAAUUAUUGGCCCCAAUGCGCCAAGGUGGGGGAAGAGGAAAAAUGCCACAGUAUUUCAGCACUUUCAGCCAGGGGUUGGAUGUGGCACUUUCUGAGAUCCAGCAUCAGUAAUAGGGAAAUGAGUGGCGUUCCAAUCGAGCGUUGUCUUUUCUAGUUCAGCCUCCGUCUAGGUCUGCCCUUCUCGAAUCUGUAUGAAGGGAGUUUUGCUGGGAAGACUUUAUUUUAGAGUCUGGAAGGUGCCGUCUUUGGAAUUGCAAUGUCGAGUCCUAGCGGAGAGGCAGUAAAUACAGCAGCGAAUAGCUCGCUUAGGAUGCAAAAGCUCCCGAUCUGCAGGACGGGAAAUAGUGUCUAUAUCUAUCUUUGAGAUCGUGUGAACAGGAUCUGAAGUUGUAACCAGCUUCUAGAACCUAACUUGCUGCCUUCCGCAUGGCGAAGAAAGCACUGUCUUCUUACAGAAGGUGUUUUAAGGCGUUGUUGGGUGUCAUGAGAUGAUACUUAGUAAUUUAUGUUUUUGAUUCUAGUUUAACAUAUAAGUCAUCAUUCUGUUAUCUGUGUUAUUGGUCUAAAAAAGGCCAUUUCCGCUUUCAAAGCAUCUAACUUUCCGAGUCAACAGCUACUUCUAUUGAAGCUGCCGAAUACAAUUUGGGCCACGGAAAGAGUAGUUUGUCAUUCUGUAAUUAUAAACCGGUUGCGUGUCUGUAUAAGUGGUGAUAAAACGCAAUUUAACGCACAUAACCAAUCCAUUCUGUCCUCCAUGACUGGCCGCGCUCACCUUGAUGUUAGUCGUCAGCCUUGUGACAGGGCGGUAUGGUGUUUGGCUUAAGUGUUGGCCGACCGAUGACCGCUUUCCAGGCCUCUGUCAUCCCGCGCUGCGCCUUACCCCGGCUUGUCUGAUUAUCUACAGUGAGUGACCGAUCUCAUGAAAUGUUGACCGAAAUUCUGAAAUGCGUUUUCGAUUAGGAAGUAUUACUUAGGUACGGAUACAAAAUUUAUUAUCAUGCGACAAAUUCCUAUAAUGUCUCUGACUCGCCGGGAUGUAGACUUUCGAAUGCAUGUCUUCUUGACCUCCUGUAGAAACCGCGCUCGGGGAGAAAUCAAUAUUUAACUAGCAUGCAUUUUUCACAUUGAUUUUUGAUUGCCUUACAAAUUCAAAUAUAUUUUAUAGAAACCACGGACGAAAAUAUGUUUUCUUUCAGUCGUUUGAUAGAGAAUCACGUCAUCUUCAUAGUGUAUACUCGAAGAAGGAGUAUAAUAAGGUUUUAAAAAAGUUUCUAAUUAUGAGACUUUUAAGACUGUGCAAUAUCCAUUCAUACAGCAUCGCACAUUUCCGUUUGUCAAUGCUUCUCAUGAAAUGUAAAACAUAGUCCGAUCCUAUUGCAAUAUUUUAUGAACUCCACAUGGUAUCUUUUAAAGGCAUAGAUGAAUAUGUGAUUUUCCUUAUGCCGAAAGGAAGCAUCUUGUAGACUGAAAUCGCUAAAAGCUAGUGGAACGGCUGAUCAGGCUCGAAAUUAUUCGGGCAUCGAGAAGUUUUUUCAAAAUCUAAAUACACCACUUCUUCGGGUAUAAAAUAUAAAGACAACGGGAUUCUCUACCGAUUGAAUUGGAGAAAGCAUAUUUUUAUGUAUGUUUUCCGUAAAAUAUGUUUAAAUUUAUAUGACCAUCGAAAAUCAAUGCGCAAAAUGCCUAUUAAUUAAGUAAUUAUUUCUCACCGAUUGCGGUUUCCACAGGAGGUCAAGAAGAAAUGCAUUCAAAAGCCGACAUCCUGUCGAGUCCGAAACAGUAUAGGAAUAUGUCGCAUGAUAUGAAUUUUGUAACCGUACUUAAGUAAUACUUCCUAAUCGAAAACGCAUUUCAGAGUUUCGGUCAACAUUUAAUGAGAUCGGUCACUCACUGGGCAGCGGAGACAAAAGCGCGACUUUGGUAGUGAGAACUAAUGCCUACCCGCGGAACGGCCGUUUUAUGGUCUUUGUUGUUCGCCUCUUUUGGACUGUUGGACUCUGUCAGCCGUUUGCACCAAUCCCAUCAUCAGGCGACUGACAGGCUCGGGGGGUCAUUUGGUGAAUAAGAGAAGUAGGAAAGAGUUAGAUCGACGUUGGAGAUUCUAUCACCACGGCAUUCAGCGUAUAUUCCUCGUUAAAAACAAUCCGACGCGCGCUGAAGCUAUCCCGAUGCGCCGAACGUCGUGGCUUGGAAAGCUGUCGGCUGACAUGAUAACUCGGCCUUCGCGGUCAGUCCUGUGUGUUUUUUGCCCCCUAAGAUGUGCCAGGCAGUAGAUGCGUUGGGCCCACACUGGGGCUAGGUCGGAGUGCAGCAGACGUUAUUGAGACUGCGCACCAAAGACAAAAGCUCCACAGGAAGAGGGGCUGGUUGCUCACGUCGCCCUUCUUUUCUUUUCCCGAUGUGUAAAUCCUGGCCAGUGUGCAUUGUGGACUAGUCAGCUGCGCCCUCUCCCGCCUCUAGUCUUUUUGACUCUGUCUUUACACCGAACCCAGCUGGGGGAGGAGGAAAGAGUGCGGUGGAUGCAGCACUAGUCUACACUAACUUUGAACUAAUUCAUGCGCCAGUCGCCGUCCCUGCUCUCGCCCUGCUGUGGACCACACGUCGGACAUUGUCGGCAACGACGGUCGAACUAUCGUGCGCGUAUGUAUGGAGUGACUGAGUAGUGGGCUGAGAAUCAAGCCGCAAUGACCUCUUCCUUAUGCAGCCUCUAUGAUACUUCAGUUCAGAUAGGAUCGAAGCCGCCCCUGCUGUUUUUUGAAGGCCUUAUUCAUUGUGUGCGGGCCAAGCAGUGUGUGUGGCACGCGUAGAUGGAUUGUUGGGCUCUGUCGGUCACUGCUGCCGAUUCCGCCUCCGCCCUCCGUCUUUGUUUUGUCACCCGUAAUGGAUGGGGGGAGGGGAUGGGGCCCGCCAUCAGUAUGGUCUUAUUCACGCGCAAGUCACCGUCCCUGCCACCAUCUUGCAGCGGGAAAUACGGCGGACAUCGUCGUUCGUAACGGGGGAGCUGACAUUUUUAGCCCAUUUAAUCUGCGCGCCUUCAGGGGAAGUCCUGUCAGUACCUCAAUUACCGCUGUCCCAUAUGUGUUGCCUUCAUUAUUUAUUAUUAUGUAUAGAGAGGAUGCGUGGCUUAUUUUUGGGGCCGGCAGGUGGUUAUAGUAAAAGCUAAAAAUCUAUAAUGUAUUCAUUACCCUUCUGUAAAUGGUUCUUUCAUGUGCACCGUUUGGUCGCCUAUAAACAAAGACGAGUAAAAACAAAAUUCGCACCUUUCCUGUCCUCGAAUUUUUCCUCCUCUUCUAGGAAAACUUCCAUUCCAUGCGCACUUUCUCAUAGAUUUUCGAAAAGGCCGCUUUUCAGGCGCUUACAUAAGUGAACUUGUAACUAUUGAUUACUCAUUAUUUUGUAGUGCACUUCAUUUCGAUUUAGCAUAGUUAAUAUCAUGCUACUUUCGCAGAUGUUCCAGUUUAUGAACUCCUUAGGAGACGUUAACUGUACUCAUUUCAGUGCCUGAAAUCGAUGAAAUCAAAAUAAAUCUACGGGAGAAUUUAUUACACCGGAAGCCAAAUCUUCCUUCUCAAGUAGAGUCUGAAGGACAUCAGGUGAAGGUGUAGCUGAUCUUUUAGAGAAUUCGAAUUCCUUAUGUUACUUGGUUCUACAUUUGUUCUUGUAAAGAUCAUGACCUGUCGCUGACCAGACGGUUUGACUAAAACUGAAAUGUUAGGAUGGGUAUUGACAGGAACUCUGCAGCACUUUGGGCCUCUCGAAGUAUUCAACUCUUCCUGAGAUUUUGAAAGGGGUAUCAUAACAUCAGCUGUUAUGUGCAGUAUGCGUCUGUCUAGACCCAAACACGCGAAAAAUUUACAAACUUUUUGAAUGUCGGAAAACUUUACGCAAAAUCGCUUAACUGAUAGUAUUAGCGGCUGUGAAAGCAUUUUUUCGCUAGUUUGUUUUGCAAAACCGAAUGAGUUGCAGAGCAAAAGGAUUUAGCCUGAGCCAUGCGUUCUCUUUAAUGAAAUGCAUUUUAAAUUACUUGUGAUACAACACGAACUACUUCUAGCUAAAGAUAACGAAGUGGAGCAGAGGACACCAUAAAAGCCAUUGAAAUGUUUCCCCAAAAGUCGCUUUAGUUACUUACUACUAGUAUUAUUACUACUACUUACCGAAUGUGGGCGCUCUAUAGGCUUCGAAGACUAAGGUUUCCUCAAAAUUCAGGAAAUUGGAAAACUAUAACCUUUAUCCUGUGACUAGUGCAUCCAUUUAAUAAAAGUGAUUGGUUUUUCUAUUGGUUAUCUGAGGUAGUUUGACGUAGGCCGGAACUUUCGGAAUGACUUUGUGCUCAUCAGGUGAAGCAUUUCAAACUUUGCCCAGAAGGAGACACAAAAACAUGCGAAGCUCUCCAAAAACUGCUAGUUUACAAUUUUGUAAAGCCUAGAAAUCUACUUUCAACUAUUUUUGUCGAUAAAACUUUUACAAACUCUGUUGGUGCUGAGACUGUUUACAGACAAAAACAAAGACGACUGGGGAGUCAUUUCUAGCUUAUCAGUAGUCGUCGGCCAGCCAUACCCUACCUCGGGUUUUUUGAGAACCUGAAGCUCAAACUUGCGUUCUUGGAUCAUUGAGUAAUGGUAGGCCCAACUCCAUAACCGCUGAGCAACGGGCUUGUUGCUCGAUCUUAGAGCAGUUUGUGAAAUUAGGUUGCUCUUCUGGACUUCGCUGGACACGUAAUGGACUUUCCAAAUAAAUAAGUCGUUCAAACUCAUCCUGUAUCUGUCGACCCUCCUAAACACUAGCCGUUAAGGGUUCUUUCUUAGAGAACCAGAUACAGAUCUGGAGUGUCCAAUGAUCUGUAAAGAUUCAGGUUAUAUCCCCUGGGCAUUGUACGCUACUUCUUUUCAGGUUGACACGAUUCUGCUAGAACGCAUGCACCGGGAGGUGGAGAAGAUCAGAAAGGCGACGCUGCAAAAGUCCAAGUAAGCAAAAUAAAAAAAUUUGAAUGCCUGGCAGCACGGCUGAAAUCUAAGAACUGUAGAAUUAAUAUGUCGCCUAAUACGUUUCAUUGCUUCCAGGCAUGUCAAUUGCUUAUUUUGGAAGUAAUUUAAAACCCUCUUACGAUCUAACCCUAUACGUGUAGGUUACUCAAAAGUAAGCAGACUAGGUCGCUGUGCCUAUAAAUGCUGUCCGAAUAUUCAUCGAGUUCUGUCUAUUCCAGCCAAUCACUUCAGACCCAGCGGCCCUGGUGUCAUAUGACACCCGAUGGCAUUCAAACAUCCUAAGAAAGUGGAUGUAUAUGGCUACUUCGCGGUUAACAUUAGACAUCACUCGGCCUUCGCUUUCUAACUGCAGGUGAAUAUAUGAUCUUUAAUCGGAAGGGAGCAUCCUAUUGCGACAGAGAAGGACUGGAGCAUUUUGGUGAUCGGGAUUAUUGAUUAAAAAACUGCCUGAAUCCGCCACUUUGCUAUGAAUGCUGUUCUGUUUCUUGUGGCAUCACGAGGGCCGGACUUAGCUUGAGACGAACAGUCACUGAGUCCCGAGUACGAUCAAUUACCUAGGCGGUGUCGGGGAUUUAGCAGACGCUUUCCUGCGCGUGAUGAGGAGCUUGUCUUGCGGUGUCUCACAACGUACACUGCCCGGCCGGCAUAGACCAACUUCCACAACUCGCACAUCCACAGCGUGUCUCAAACUUACUCAGCCGAGGUCCAAGGCCAUCUGCCAUCUCUUCGGAUAGCCGCCCGAGUUUAUUGCAACGCUUCCACCACACUUUCAGACAUCCGAGGUUAUAAGGGCCUCUAGCAGGACACAGCACGCACACCUGUGCAUAAAGCCAUGCACCUUACUCUUGCACACUUAUAAAACAGCAGACUACACAGAAGGCACAGGUACCGCGGCGGCAGCUUGGGGGCUUAUAUUGAAUACGUCUCUUGUAUUGAUGGACAUCGGGCUUCUAUUGCUACCCGUAAGUUUAAUCCCAGUGCCGACGGGUAAAGUGUACACAGUGGUCAAACCGCAAUAGCUCCCGAGACCCAGCGGUUGAGGACAUUUUUGCGUUCGAGUCCGAGACUGAACCAUAAACAUUUGCUGAUGCAACAAUACUAGAACACAAGUAAUGCUGCUCUGUAUUAAGCAAGAAGUAGUAGCAGUCAGCGCCUGUCUUCAUUGUAUCAGAUCACUUCCACAAACAGUGCGGCGCUAAUAUAACCAACUGGAAACCCAAGCUGAGGAAGAUAUGACACUAAAGCGAGCUCAAACCGGUCUGGUUGACGGUUCAAAGAAAACCCACACAGUUAUUAAAUAGCGGGAAAGCAAGAAUAAGUCUGAAACAGCUACUUAUAUGAUACCCCUCCUCUGAGGAGUAAUUGUCCAAAAUAUUCUAUGAAGACUUGGCGCUCUUAUCGACAGUAUAAACUAAGGGGAGGGAGGGCAAGUAUUUUAUUAACGUUUCUUACUCACUUCGUCACUGAUAGAUACCGUGCUUCUAAACAUACAUAAGUGAGAGCAGGAGUAAGAAUGUGACGAGGAAAAGGAAGGAGGAAUCAUAAGAACCUAUGGUUUUUCAAGGGCAGGCAAGUGUUCGACGUCAGUUAUGGUUGCACCACCACACCACAUUCUUUGAAGGUAACAGUUAUCGGGCAUCGACUGGCCUCGAGUCCCUGCCGCAAUGCCGCCAAGUCUAGGGCGGCCCAAGCCACCCGUCGACAGGGAACAUGAGACGGUUUGAGGGCGGCGUGAAUAAACAACCGUGCAGGCAUUGAGGGGAGCUGACUGUCGCAGUUGUAUUUAAUGUCUCUUAGAAAAACUGCCGAUCCAGACUUACCUUGCUCUGGGCCAGCAGUGAUCCAAACAUUCGCACCGGCGCUACGGUCCACACCACGUUAGCCUUCCAUCUGCUUUUUUGACCAAGGCUUGUGAGACUGAUGUGCCCCCAAAAAGGCCUGGUGGUAGGUCGUACAGUAACUGAAUACUCGGCUUAUGCUGGGUAUUUUGGUGAACAAAGGCUAUCGAAAAUACUGUUCGGUGCUCCGAGCGAAAAGUGCACAGCAAUUUUCUGUAUUCGUAAGGUCUCACUUUUUUCUAAAUUCUCUGUUUCGUGUCUUAUUUGCAGCAUGGUUCUCCGAAAAGUUACCACUGGCAAUGACUUCGUUCCAGUGAUUGUAUCUGAGUUAAUGAGUCAGGCAAGUUCUUAAUCUUCACUUCUUUAGAAGACAUUUAAUUAUUAGCCGCUUUUAUUUCAUUUUUUGCAGUCAGGUACCUCGUUGUGGAGGUGCGGUGGAUGCGCUAUCUUAUAAAAGUUUAACCGGAAUUCUGAUAUGUGUAUUCGAUUCGAAAAGAUAACUUAAGUGGGGUUGUAAUGUUAAUGAUUGUGCAAUGGAAGCCCCAAAAUAUUUCAGUCAAAUCAGGAUGCCGGCUUCAAGACGGGUUUCUUUUUAACUUCUGCAAAAACAACACUAUAAAAAAUAACAGUUUUAAUAGUGUGAAUCUUUAUCAUUGAUUUGCAAUGAUCUUAUAGAAUCAAAUAUAUUUCGCAAAAGAAAUACACAACAAUAUCCGUUCUUUUGCUCGUUUGGCGGAAAAUUACGUCUUCCUUAAAUUUUUUACUUGAAGUAAGAGUACCUUUUGGUUUUAAAAAGUUCCUGAUUAUGAGAUAUUGUGAGAUCAGGAACUGUCCAUUCAUAAAAUAUCGUAUCUCCACGUUUAAUAAUGUUGCUUGUAAAGUAUGCAAUAUGAUUCAAAUCCACUGCAAGAUUUUAUGAAUCCCAUAAGUUAUCUUCUUAAUAGCACAUAAAAAUGCAGGAUUUUCCUUACACGGAAAACACACAGCUUGCAGUUUGUAAGCCUUGAACGCAAGUGUAACGGGUGUCGGGUUCGAAAUUAUUCGGGAAUCAAAAAGUGUUUCUGAAACCGUAUUACACUCUUCCAUAAAGUAUGAGAUUUAGGGUCCGCGUUACUAGCAAACACGUGAGUAAAAUAACGAAUAUUUUGCGGUUAUCUUCUAGAUAAUAUAUUUGAAUUUAUGAGAGCGUCGAGGAAUAAUGGAAAAAUCACGUUAUUUAAGUAGUUAUUCUUUGCAAAGUAUAGUUUUUGAAGGUAAUAAGAAAGAAGUUCGUUCAAAAGCCGGCAUUCUGACGUGACUGAAAUAUCUUGGAACUCUGCUGCACGAACAUUAGUAUUACAACCCUAUUUGAGUCAUAUUUAUGAAUCGAAAGCGUAUUUCAUAAUUUUAAUUAACACUUCAUGAAAUAGCAUAUCCACUGCGCAUAUUGUGGUAAACUUGCUAAGGCCAAAGUGUACAGCCCAGUUGAGUGCUUCAUUUCAGGCUAAAACAAGCCGGAAUGUAAACAAAAAGUUAGCCGGGCAUGUAUAACUCUACCCGAAUUUACUAAUGAUGAUUAAAAAUUAGGGGCUGCCAACUUCUGGUUUCUAAAGGGAAAGGGAAUUGCGUGUUUUUAAUCUUUGGAUAUUUGCUCGUUGAUGAAAUAAGAUACGAAUAGAGUCGAACACCCGAGUUCCGGGUGUGUGCGUGAGUAAGGAAGAAUGAGAAGACUGGUCGACCACUGAAACCAUUCGCUUAUUUUUCUGAACCUUCGAACUCGUGCACGCAGUGAAGGAACAAAAAAUAAUUAUGGGGUGUAUUAACCAAUCAACGACCAGUGCCGCCGGUGUGGGGGUGAUUGCAUAGUGCUGUUUGUGUCGACGUCAGGUUGAUACAUCGAUCGACUGAAUUCACGUUAGACACCCAGAAUUCAGUGAAUUCUCGACUUGUCUUGCCUUUGGCAAUUCCUAUUAUCUUGGCAGUAACAAAACUAAACCUGCGACCCUUUCCGAAAGUCCAGACAGCCACUUUUGAAAAUUCCUCAUCUGGUAACGCAAACGGUUUGUGUUCAUGUACUCACGAUCCGGGUAUGCGCUCAGCCUGGCCUGUGUAAUUACAAGGCUGGGUUUGAUAUGAGGUAUUUCGAUGACCAAAACAGGUCGCUGGUACACAGGCUCUGGGCCCCUUUUAAACGGAUCGCGCAAGGUUUGCGCUGGGCCAACACGGAGGCCAACUCAGGAUUCAGUAGGUGGGCUAACUUAUGAAAUCUCAACGGAAAUUCCGAAAUGCAUUUCCGUUUCUACAAGAUUAAUUAAGUAGGGUUGUAGAACCAAUUAUCGUGCAGCAUAAUUCUGUUAUAAUUCAGUUACCCCAGGACGCUGGCUUUCGAACAAACUUCUUUUCGGCUGCUUCUAAAUCAAACUCCGUAAAAAAUACUACUUAAGUAGAAUGCAUUUUUCAUUGAUUUUCGAAGCCCUUAAAGAUUUGAUUAAAUUUCAUGGAAAGCAUGCAUAAAAACAUCCAUUCUUUGGCUCAUUCAGUAGAAAAUUACGUCCUCUUUCAAUUUUAUACUCGAAGGAAGGGUAUUAUUCGGUUUUUAAAAAGUUCCUAAUUGUGAGAUUUUUUAAUACCGUGAAAUGGCCGCCUGCGUCCGAUCCAGCCUCCCGUUUCUUUGGCUCUGUCUUGACACCGGCUUCAGGAGGAGAAGGGAGGAGAGAGUGUGGUAGGGUACAGCGCAAUUCCCCUAUCAUUAUAGGACAAUUCGCGCGCAAGUCACCGUUCCUGCGUCCACCCUAUUGUAGGACACACGGUGGACACCGUGCGUGACGACGGCCGACCUGUCAACACAGGAGAGCAACUAGCGAGUAAGACCGAUCUCUGGGAAUCCUUCCUCGCGGUAAAUCAGCACAUCUCCUACUAUAAUAAGACGAACGUCCUUGACAUAGUCGCUUUGCGCCAUCAGGCGUGCAUCGGAAGGUUGUAAUUGGCGGGUCGGGUCUCUACUGAUCAGCAGCGACAGUCAGUCUGCGAUGGCUCCCCCUUAAUGCAGUUUUCUCGGCAUUCACACUUGCGCGGAAUCCGACCCACCUCGAGGCGUAGCUUGGUGCUUUUGUCGUCGAGGACCAACUCGUGUGUAGUCGGCGUAGGCGAGCCGUCUAACCCUUCCAAUCAUUGCUGCUGCGCUCAUAUUCGAUUAUUUUCACUUUGUUUUGCCAUCUGAAUACGAUGGGUGUUAAGAGAGAGAGAUAGACGCGGAACCAGUUUGCUUAACCAUGAACCGAUGUAAACGUAAAUCAUGGCUGCGUCCAGCUCGUGGGGGGGGGACAGUGAUGGAGCCUAUCACUUGCAAUGAUCUAACUCCUAUUGACCCAACUGUGAAAAACUCGGCGCCUCGGUGGGAUUCGAACCCACGCAGUAAGGCGAAGGCCUUCAAUGAAUGAUCAAUGAAUGAUCUAACUGCCACAAGCAUGGCAGAAGUGUACAGGGCUGUUGAUUGAGUGAGCGUCUGACGACUACAUCUUUUGCACCUUUGCUAUUGCGUCGGUACCGCUUCGAUCUAUAAUCUCGACAGUGCCAAAGUCAAACUCUUGGCUAAUCAAAGCCAAAUGUGCCCAUCGACCUAACCUGAAUGGAACCCGUGCGCGUGUUAGGCAGUCCACUUUCAUGACCUCUGUCCGUAACGCAUACAUAUUGCAUAUUUUAUCUUUAAAAGGAAAACAAACGUUUUCCGGGAAAAGACGCAUGCUAAUUACACAGAACGAUUUCGUCACUGAUGAGUUCGGAAAAGGUUAUCAAGAAGAUGCAUGGCAAAUGCUGACGCAUCACUCUGAAUCAGUUAUCUAAAGGUCGCCUUCCUUGCUUAUCUGCCUGGUAGCUCAUGCAGGACAAUCCAUCCUGUCUGAAAGUGCUGUCAACAAUUUCAGUCUAUGGAUCGUUACUUCAUGACACGAAACCGUUCAGUAGUCUCCUGGUCUACUCCCUCAGACACUCUUCCUUUUUGCACUGCAUGUAGCUAAAGAAUCAGUGGGAGCAAUGGAAUUAUCUGCGCGGUCACAUGGAAACGCCUCCAGUCGUACCUGACACUUCCAGACACCCAAACGAUGGCCGUCUGAGCCGAAUCUCUGGAUUUGCUUCCAGCUUCUUCGCCAGUACCGGUCGGCGUAUGCAACGGCAUUCCAGUCGUCAGGUUUCAUCCAAGGCCCACAGAACCGUCUCGCAGUACGGUGGAGCCUCGAGUUUCACAGCUGAACACAGCAAGACUGGUCGCAGUUUCCUCGAGUCGGAAGAUGAAUAUGGACGUCAGUGGCUGGAACAGGUGUACCGCUGUGAGUGCGAAAUCAAGGUGCUUGUCAGAGAACUACUGGCCGCCGGAGAGAGCCUCUCAUCCAUCUCAAGAACGCUGUAG